AUGAAAAAAAUUUUUCAUUUUAGAAAAAAAACCCAGCCUGAGGCUUGUGCCCCGAUCCCCGCUCGGAGAGACGUUGGGGUUAGUGGAGAAUCAGCUGAAGAAGGCUAUAGAAUCCGGAGAAAAGAUGUUGGAAAACUCCACAGAGCUGCCUCAACUGGAGAUUGUCCAGAAAUACAGUGGCUGCUGCUUGUCAAAGGAAAGGAUAUAAAUGAAGUAGAUCAAUUCAACAGGACAGCUCUGCACCUGGCCUGUGCCGUUGGCUAUCCAGAUGUUGUGUCUCUCUUAGUGGAGAGACGCUGCCUGCUGGACCUGUGCGACAGCGACCACCGCACUCCUCUAAUGAAGGCUGUCCAGUGUCAGCAGGAGGAGUGUGCGAGCAUCCUGCUCAGUCACGGAGCUGACCCUAAUGUAGUGGAUGAGAGCGGCAGCACCGCCCUUCACUAUGCAGCCUCUGGUUACAGCACAGCCAUAGCAGCGAAGCUGCUGCAACAGAAGGCUCAGAUUGAAGCCAAAGAUGGGAAUGGCUUUACACCCCUCUUGCUUGCAGUUAAAAACCAUCAUGACGAAAUGGUGGAUUUAUUUUUAAAGAAUGGAGCAAAUGUCAAUGGCUGCGAUGAUUGUAGAAGAACAGCUCUCAUGAUUGCCCUUAGUAAUAAUACUACCCCAACAAGUCUAAUCAAACUUAUUCUUCAAUAUGAUGUUGACCUCUCUUGUCAAGAUUAUUUCGGAAGGACAAUAAAAGACUAUCCUUAUUCCAGUCAUGCUAAAGUUCAUCGGGAAUUAGUUCUUCAGUAUGUGAAGAGUAAACUUAAUGAACCCUGUGUGGCCGAAAUCAGUAGUCCAGAUGUGACUUCUGAUAUUGCAUUUACUUUGGGUGUACCAGUCUUGGGAAAAAAAGAUAUUAAGGAUGAAAAAAAGCCACAGGGAUUAGGAGAACAAGGGAACAGAGAAACAGGUUGGAAUAGUAAUGCAUAUAUUGCUAGAAUUUCAAGACAGAGGGGGGGGGUCCCCAACAGUGAGCUCCCCACCAGAAGGAGACUGACUACAAAGGUGGAGCUAGGGGAAAAGAUGCAAAGAUAG